CAUAUCAUAAAAAGUUCAAAAAUGUACUGUUGAGGAUACGAAUAAUGUGGUAUAGAGGUUGGAUACUGUAAUUACAAAUGAAAAAAUCAUCAGAUAGGAUAUAAUGGCAAAACGACAUGAGGAAAGAAAAACUUGAGUGAUUAAGGAAAAAAAAGAUAAUGGUGAAAAAUAAAAAAAAAAUAAAAAGGUUUAAAGGGUAUUAAUGAGAAGGUAUAGUGAGCGACAUAUUGUUAUAAAAAGCAAAAAGUACUGCGGUGCAAUGCCGCAGACCCGGAAGGGAUGUUAUCCGGUCUAUAAAGGUAUAGGUGCAAUUUUUUUGUUGGAGUUUUUUCUUUUUGUUUGGGUAGCGUAUGAGGGUCUAUGGUUGCGAGAUAUAUCCGGUAUAUCUUGCGGUUCCUUACGGCAGAACGGCGCCACGGGUGAGCUGAUCUAAGUCAUAUCUUUCAGAAAAAACUUUCAAGUCGUGCACAGCACCAACUUCAAAGAUUCAACUGAAAGAAAAACGUCGUCUAUGUGGCUGUUGUCCAUGUUUGCCGUAGUUCUAUUGUGUGAGAUGUA